UAAUGUACAUAUAGCUUCGAUCUUCUUUUAAUCCGGUCCUGACUUGGGUCUUUUCGACCUUUCAUUACUUUUUGGUGUGAUCUGGAGAGGUGACGUCAUCUUCUACCUGUACGUGGUUGGGAUGAGCAGUAGUCUGGGUCUGGUAGUGGCCGAGCUGUUCGAUGCCUCCAAAUGGAUCACAUGUGCAGUAUCCAUGCUUCUCAUUGUCUAUGGAAGCUACAGGUCAAUGAAACUAGACUCAACCAAAAUCUCUCAGUCGAAGACUCGAAACGUGCGGGCUAUCGGCAGUUCCCGCUCAGUUCUCAUUCCCAUCGACCGUCGACUAGGACUGGACCCGACCAAAGCCAAAAGUCCAACGUCACCCGCCUGCGCAUGCAAUAACACAGUCUGCAACGAGAUCCAAAAUCACCAUAAACAUGCCAAUCACAACCAGACCAAAAAGAACAGUUCGGUAUCUUCGCAAGAAAAUUUCGAUAACUCUAAAUCUCAGUUGAAAAAAGGAAUGAGUGCUUAUCGUGUGCAGUAUUCUAGUGCACGGUCAAACCGCGGGUCGGCCAGUAGUAGUAACACAAGUGCAGUCGGCAGCGCUGGCUCUGGCAGUGGAGGAAGCACGCCCUCGAUGUCUCCUAGUAGUACCGCAGAAGGGGGUGGGGGCAGUGGAACUUACCUGAGUGGGGGAGGGGGUAUUCAGGUGAUAGAUUCAAAUCAGGCACUGCUGAUGCCACUGGGAGCAUCAUUCUCUCUCCUCUUCAUGUUUUUCUUCUUUGACUCCUUCCAGAUAUUCUUCGCAAUCGCAAUAGCCAGCGUUUCAACGGUGGCAUUUGCAUUCCUCGUGCAUCCAUUCUGUCAUCUAGCGCUCAAGCCAUUCAUCUCUCUAAAUAAAGUAUCUUUGGGCGUGUUGGGUCGUCACUUGCCAUCCGAGGUCGUAUCUUUCUUCCUCUCGCUUUCCCUGGUGCUGACAUGGCUCAUCACUGGCCACUGGCUGCUCAUGGACCUGCUCAGUAUGGGCCUGUGUGUGUCCCUGAUAGCACACAUAAGACUGCCCAGUCUGAAGGUGUCAAUCAUUCUCCUGUUGAGUCUCCUAGUGUAUGAUGUGUUCUGGGUCUUCUUCAGCUCACUCAUAUUCAGUUCAAAUGUGAUGGUCCACGUCGCUACUCAGCCGGCCGACAAUCCGGUCGGAUUUUUGGCCAGAAAACUCAAUAUGCAAGGUAUGAUGCCACAGGCUCCGAAACUCUCACUUCCAGGAAAACUCAUUUUUCCAAGUCACAUGUCGUGGGAGGGCGACUUAGACGCAUCAGUGAUAGCGGAACAAUCUCUCUUAAGUGCAGAGUCCGAUUUUAUUUUAAAUUUACACAAUCACCAUAUAAACAGCCACCAUGCAGAUACUAUGUCGCAUUAUCAUCACAAUAUGGGAGGGAAAUCAGCAGUGGCGCGAUUUGACCGAAACAAAAACGCGUGGAGGAAGAAGCAAUCCGACAAAGAUGCUGUAGAGUUUCUAGGAACUGAAGAUGGUGUCGAUCAUAAUUCUCGACAUCGUCUCAAAAUAGAAUCAAAAGAGUCUAACUUGGGAGAAAAUAUGCAAGUUCUUGGAAUUCAAAAUUCGGAUCGGUCUAAGAUCGAUUACCUUGGAGGUCAAGCGUCGAGUGAUUUGCUAGCAGAGCACAUGCAUUACUCGAUGUUGGGACUUGGUGACAUUGUGAUGCCAGGACUGCUUCUGUGCUUCGUGCUGAGGUUCGAUUCCGUUCGGGGUCGGUCCCAAAAUGUUUUCAGUGUGUUAUCCGAUGAGCAAAAUGAGAGUAGCGGAGGAGGAGUCAUGAAGGGAUGUGUUGUGUUCUGUUGCGGCAGAAUCACAUGCUUUCAUUCUGCAUUAGUGGGAUAUGUCAUUGGACUAGUGUGUGCCACUCUUUGCUCGGAUAUCUUCCAGCAGGCCCAACCUGCUUUGCUCUACAUAGUGCCGGCUACACUUCUUCCUCUCAUAAUAGUCGCCUAUCUCAAGAAUGACCUGAAGGAGAUGUGGCAGGACCCAUUUGUAUCUCUCGAAGCCAAAAUGACACCGAGCCACUCGCGCAAUUCAUCUCUUGAUUUUUUCUCCAACCUGAACCUCAUUCACCUCUCUGCCGCCGCAGCGCCAAACUUCGCCGACCCCGAAGCACUUUUGGGCCACGAGACGAAACAUGUACAUGUCAAUCAAACGGGAGUUAAAUUAAGCACACCUCUUAAAUACCCGAAGAAUACGAGUAGCCAGUAUAAAUACGCGGCUGAUGUUGAAUUGUGUGAGCCCUUGCUGUACCAAGAUGAUGUUUCAGAAGCGGAAUCACUGAAAACCACCGAUCGAUUUAGCCGCCAGUGUUCUUCAUCUGAUAAACUUCUCUCUGUCGAGAUAGACUAGUUGAGAGUUUUCUCUCCUUUAAACCUGCUACUUCAUGUAAGGCUUCAUAUAUUUAAUGCCAGGUCAAGUUUUUGAGCUAAAGUCUUGAAUUGAUUGUGAGUACUGUGUAUGCAGUUCUCGAAAAAUAAUUUAAUGGUCACCAAUGGGCUAAACUUCUAUGAAACAUUGGCCGAGUCAACCAGAUCUGAAAGCUUUUCUUGAAAUCUUUAAGGUUUUUAAAUGAACAAAAGUAUUUUAAAGCCGAGUUUUGAUGCCUGAAAAGUGAACUGUAUAAUUAGUUUUGCGAUAUUGCUGUAAGCUUUAUAUGUAGUUAUUCGACCGUAAAACUGUUGGAUGAGAAUUGGUUCGAUUUUGAAGCUUAGUUUUUGUUUACUUUAGCUUAGUUUUUUUCUUUUUACGUGCAUACUUGCUUUGAAUGCUCAUCAGUAGAUGAAACUGGGCACUAUUUUAUGCUAGACAAUGUUUAAGUGUUGAUGUAUAUUUUACUGAAUAUUGUUCGAUUGAUUUUGUAGCUAAUUUCAUGCUAAUUUUAUCAUGGGGAAAUCUUUUUUUUUUCAAAUAUUUGUUAACGUUAGUGCUCUCUGUUAGUGAACUGUUAAGUUAAGUUUUGAGUAAAUUUUAAAGAGAAUAAAGUUUCAAUGGAG